AUGCCAGAAAGUCAGAAUUUGCGAGACGAUGACCCAGGAAAUGAGACAGCCAUCGACAGCGAACAUGAAACACUACAGUCAGGGUCGUCCGACCACAAAACAUCCGUGAAAAACGGCGACGACAAACCCAGCAGCUUGCAAGACGACCACGGCCACGAUUCGGACGACGAAGAAGAUGAAGAUGAAGAAGAAAGCGAUGAUGGCGACGAUAUUGACGAGGAACCGAAACUUCGUUAUCGUCGCGUCGGUGCAGGUGUUUCCGAGUUACUCGGCAAAGACGCUGCCUCUGUCUUGCGAGUUUCCGACAAGUUUGUGGCACUCGGAACGCAUUGGGGUGUGGUGCAUAUUCUCGAUUUCGAGGGCAACGUGAUCAAAAGUUUUCGACAUCACUCCGCGACGGUAAACGACAUUUCCAUUGAUGAUGCUGACGAGUACGUCGCAAGUGCUUCCGAUGAUGGAAAGGUCUACAUUUAUGCAUUGUAUACAUCGGAAGUGCAACACUUCAAUUUUCGACGGCCGGUCAAAUCCAUCGCGCUCGAUCCCGCUUACGCCAACAAAUCCACUCGACAAUUUGUCUCGGGAGGUUUGGCCGAACAACUCAUCAUGACCGAGAAAGGUUGGUUAGGUCAUAAAGACGUGGUGCUUCACGCCAACGAAGGUCCGAUUUAUGCAAUUCAGUGGCGAGGCAAUUUUAUUGCUUGGGCCAAUGACGCCGGUGUAAAGAUGUACGAUACAACCACCAACCUCCGUAUCACCUAUAUUGAUCGACCUGAAGGAAGUCCACGAGCUGAUCUCUAUAAAUGUCGGAUGUGCUGGAAGGAUGAUCAUACCUUGCUCAUUGGAUGGGCCGAUACCGUCAAAAUCGCUGUUGUCAAGGAUAAACCACGGCACCAAAUAGCGCCGGGCCAGCCCGCACAUUAUGUGGAAAUCGUUGGCAUGUUCCAAACUGAUUACAUUGUUUGUGGAAUUGCCCCUUUCAAUGAUACCCUUUUGCUACUUGCGUACAUUCUCGAGGAUGAUUUGGCUUCACUCGAUGCCGACAGCCAGAAUCCGGAACAUCAACGAAAACGACUUGCCACACGUCCCGAACUCCACAUCAUCAACAGCGAUAACGAGGAAAUAUCGGCCGACGUACUUGCUUUACAAGGAUACGAGUAUUAUCAAGCCAACGAUUACGUGCUGCAGUUUUUGGCCGAAGAAGACAUGUUUUAUGUCUUGGGACCAAAAGACCUGAUUGCGGCCAAAUCUCGAGAUCAAGAUGAUCAUAUUGAGUGGUUGAUGGAUCAUCAGCGUUACGGCGAAGCUCUGAAUGCCGCACGGGAAUUACAACAUCAGACAGGCAGUCGGCGAUUUGACGUUGACAAAAUUGGUCAGACAUACUUGGAUUGGCUCGUUCAAGAGAAACAGUUUCAAGAGGCGGCACGAGAAUGUCGCAAUGUUCUCAAAGACGACAAGGGACUAUGGGAAGACUGGGUGUUCACCUUUACGGAGAUGGGCGAACUCAAGGCCAUCGCUCCUUACAUCCCGGUAAAAGAUCCACAACUGAGUAGCACUUUGUAUGAAAUCGCUUUACUCAACACCAUCCGACAGUGGCCACGCACCUUGUACAAUAUAUCCAAUGUGAUUGUCGCAGUAGAAGACUAUUUACCAAAGGACAAAAGCAACGAAAUUUUGCUUGAAUGUCUUGCCGACCUAUAUACCUAUAAUAAUCAACCUGACAAAGCAAUAGAAUACAAUCUUCGAUUAAGAAGACCGGACGCGUUCGAAUUAAUCCAAGAAUACAACAUGUUCGACGCAGUGAAAGAUAAGGCCGUAUUGCUGAUGGAGUUCGAUCAGCACCUACUAGAAAAAGAACGCAAAGAAACCUCGGCCACAGACCAAACCGAUCAUCCCAAACCGGCAGCCCAGAUGCCGGCCGUGCAAUUAUUGGUCAAAAACACAGACGCCAUCCAGCCCCAAAAAGUUGUGCGGCAGCUUCGAUCCCAUCGCCGAUUUCUUCACAUCUAUCUCGAUGCACUAUUUCAACGCGAUCAUCACAUCGGCUACGAAUUCCAUGAUUUACAGGUGGAACUCUAUGCUGAAUAUGAUUACCCUAAGUUGAUCGAUUUUCUUCGCGCAAGCCAUUACAUAUCACUGGAAAAGGCUUACGCGAUUUGCGAGCAACGAGAUUUGGUUCCUGAGAUGGUGUUUAUCCUUGGUCGCAUGGGUAACAAUAAAAAGGCCCUGAUGUUGAUCAUUGAACGGCUGGGAGAUGUUCAAAGGGCGAUUGAUUUUGCCAAAGAGCAAAAAGAUGAUGAUCUUUGGGAAGAUCUUUUGACUUAUUCGAUGGACAAGCCAAGCAAGUUGUUCAUCCGAGGCCUUUUGGAGAAUGUUGGCACCGACAUUGAGCCUUUACGGCUGAUCAAGCGUAUUCCCGAUCAGUUGGAAAUUCCAGGGUUAAAAGAAGCAUUGCUGAAAAUUUUACAAGAUUACAACCUUCAGAUGUCGCUGCAUCAAGGCUGCGAAAAGAUUUUGAUCAGUGACAGUGUCUUCCUUGCCGACCGAAUGUAUAAAAUUCAAAAACGCGGUAUCCAUUGUGACGUGGGGCCGGGGGUGGUGAUUCUGCAGCGUAUCUGUUAA